AUGUCCGAGUUUGCCCAGUACACUGCCAAGAGCAGCAAGAUGCCCGCCACCAACGGCGAAAAGCCCAUUGGCACCGCCUGGGGCAAUGAACGCAACCCAGCUGCUUUCGACUUUCGGUCUGAUGUGCACACAACGCCGACACUGUCCAUGCUGAGGGCGAUCCAGGAAUGCACGCUGCUUGACGAUGUGUCCAUGGAGGACCCCACCACGCUCGGCCUGGAGAGGUUCAUCGCCGAGCUGACGGGCAAGGAGGAUGCUUUACUCGUGCUCUCCGGCAGCAUGGGUAACCAAGUUGCCCUGCGCGCCCACCUGACUGCCCCGCCCCAGGCCAUUGUGUGCGACCGCCGCUCCCACAUCAUCCAGUAUGAGGCCGGCGGUGUCGCCUCUCUCUCGCAGGCCCUCACCCAGCCCAUCGACGCCAAGAACGGCACAUACAUCACGCUCGAGGAGGUGCAAAAGUACGCUGUUAUCUCUGACGAUGUCCACGCCUGCCCCACGCGCGUCAUCUCGCUGGAGAACACACUCAACGGCGCCAUCAUGCCACUGUCCGAAGUCCGCCGCAUCGCCGCCUGGGGCCGCGAGAAUGGCAUUAUCAUGCACAUGGACGGUGCGCGUCUAUGGGAGGCUGUUGCUGCUGGUGCAGGAACCCUCAAGGAGUACUGCGUAGAGAUGGACAGUCUGAGUCUGUGUUUCAGCAAGGGACUCGGUGCGCCCAUUGGCAGCAUCAUUGUUGGUACAACGGCCUUCAUCAAGCGCAGUCGCUGGGUUCGCAAGUCCAUCGGCGGUGGUCUGAGACAGGCUGGUGUGAUAGCAGCACCGGCGCGUGUCGCAGUCGAGGAGACGUUCCUCGGCGGCCGCCUCACCGAGUCGCACGAAAAGGCGAAGCGCAUACAGAAGAUCUGGACCGACCUCGGCGGCAAGCUAGAUUACCCCGUCGACAGCAACAUGGUGUGGCUCAACCUCGAAGCGCACAACAUCGACAUCAACCACUUCAUCGAGACAGGGGAGAAGUACGGUGUGCGCACACGCGGAGGGCGUUUCGUCGUGCACUACCAGAUCAGCGAGGAGUGCAUCGAAGCCGUGACGAACCUGUUCACCGAGGUCCUAACUGGCAAGGUAGGGGACGGCAAGAAGGCCGAGGCACCGCACGACCCUGAGGAGUUGAAGAUGAAGGGUAAGGGCGUGGAGUAG